UGCGGCGAUGCGGCGCAUGCUUCUUUUGAGGUUAUGACAUUUUUAUAAAUAUAAUAUACAAACAAAAAUUAUUUUUAAAGAAAGAAACUAAAUAAAAUAAAUAUGCACUCGUUGAGAAGAUUACGAUCGAUAGAGAUUUUGCCAAUUUCGGUUAGAUUUAAAGGACAUAGCAAUGAUCAUUGGUCAAAACGUGAUAAUAAAUUAGGAACUGUCAGAGCACUAAAACAUUUUGACGAUUUUUAUAAAACAGUCUAUGGAAAAUCGUGGAAUGACAUUAGGAAAGCUCUAUUACAGGAAAAAAGUAAAUACGUCGCAGUUGUUAAUAAUUUCAGUGACAAUGAAAGAAUAUGCACUGAAAUGGAGUGCUUAGGAGCAAUCGAUUUGAGAGCAAUAAUCAAGGUACAAAAGGAAAUUCUCGACGAAUCGGACAAAGGAAAAUCAAAAAAACGUCUUAAAGAAUUAAAUAGGAAAAAAAUGCAACGUGAAAUGGAUUCUUUUAUUUCUCAGCAACAAUUAUCGGAAUUGGAGUCUGUUUAUCCGGCUGAGACACCAGCGGGCAAACAAUCUCUAAACGAAUUGAUAGAUGAAGAAAAAUUUCAUACCACUGAGGAGGAAGGACUAAAACCAGUUUCAUUAAAGUCAAUUUCUGCAAAUGCGGAGAUUGAAUACGAUACGAGUCGAAUUAUUUCGGCGUCAAGUAGUUUAUCCGUCUCGUCAUUACAAGAAUUCGUUCCAGUGACAAAAUUAAAAGGAUUAGACGAUUGGGUGUUAGAAUCGGAGCACUAUGGUUACUAUUCUAAGGGUGAAGAUUUUACAAUUUCUAUCGAGGAAGACGAUUCAUUUUCAAUUCCAGAACAAUUGAAAUUGUACACUUUUGAGCCACAUAAUUUUAGUAGGUUUAGAUCAUCAAAACGAGGAACAACUGGCGUAUUAGAUUAUUAUUUGAUGGACGGAGGUUCGAUAUUACCUGUUCUUGCCCUGGAUUUGCAGCUGAAUGACAAAUUUCUCGAUAUUUGUGCGGCACCGGGUGGAAAAUCACUAGUGGCAAUUGAAACACUUUUGCCGGCAAUGGCCGUCUUGAAUGAUGUUCUCCCAUCACGUGUAACAAGAAUUAAGGAAGUAAUUGGAACCUAUGUUUCAAAUAUUGGACAGUGGCAGAAAAAAAUUGCAGUUACGACAAAAGACGCAAGGGAAAUUGAUGACAUGGGACUAUUUAAUAAAAUUUUAGUCGAUGUUCCAUGUACAAAUGACAGACAUUCUUUGCACGUCAACGAUGGUAAUUGGUUUAGGAAUGAAUACAUUAGGGAAAGAUUGAAACUACCAGAAUUACAAAGUGAAAUUUUAGUAAACGCUUUAAAAUUAGUAGCACCAGGAGGUACAGUGGUUUAUUCAACAUGUUCACUGAGUCCGAUACAAAAUGAAGGUGUCGUUCAGAUGUCGUUAAUGAAAGCAUUCGAAGAGGCGAAUGUCGUCGCAGUUGUAAAAGACCUGUCCGAAGGACUGAAACCAUUUAAGUAUCUUUAUGACUUUGGCAAGGAAAAAUUGAAGUACGGUCACCUUGUCAUUCCAACAAUGGGAAACAAUUGGGGACCUAUGUAUUUCUGUAAAAUAAUGCGAAUUCAGUGAAUUCACUCACGAGCGAAACAAUCAACUUUCUCAAAUGUACUUUUUGAUCUGUUGCUUCUUCAACAUUAACACCCACUUCAUCUACUCUAUUCCAUGGUUGCUCCUCGCCCGUUCCAAACAUCGUGUAAACCAACAUUUCAACGAUGUAAAAUAUCACUGUGAUGAAGAAAACUACUCGCCACGCCUCGACUGUUUCCUGUAAAUAGACGAAAGGUUUUUAUACACUUUUGCCAAGUAAUAGAAAAUUGUUUUUAAAAGUUUUUUUUUAAUUAAGUUCUAAAUUCUAUAAUUUAAAACUCAUUCUUACCAAUUAAAAAAGAAAUUAAACUUUUUAUUUUAAUUUUAGUUUUUUGCAUUUAACGAACUAUUUUUGGUAUAAUUUCCAAUGAGUAAAAUUGAAUUUAAAAUUUGUUAUUUUCAAAUAUUUUAUUGUCUUUUAAUUUAAAAAAAUGUCAGUAAAUUGACAAUGAAUUAAAAAUGUGAAUUUUUUCACAUUUUCAACUAUUAAUGGAAUUGUUUGUAAAUAUAGAAAAUUUAUAGAAAUAAAAAAAGAGAAAUAGUAAUAAAAUUUUUUGAAAAA